AUGACAGGCUCUACGGUGGAAUUCGUGCUCGUGCGCACUUGGAAAGUGAUUCUCAGGGUUUUGUCAGUGCCGGUUGUGCUAAUAGCGAGGCUCUUAACGGUUUGCUGUGGCGGAUGGUUUGAACAGCUGGACAGGAAGCACCGGAUCAAAGAUGACUGGUACAUAAUACCUUUCUUCUUCUCAGCAGUGUUCAAGUACGUGUGGAGCGUCUACCGGGGCAAAUUCCAGUUUUGGUACAUGUUUGAAAGGCAUGUGGCUCGCAACGGAAACCAGCCCUGCAUAUCUUACCCGAGACCGCUGGCAAAAAAGGGCGAAUUCGAGCUGGAGACAUACAGCUACCGCGAGACCUACGACAUUGUCUUGAGGCUGUCGCACCUUCUGUACAAUGAGUACGAUGUCAGGGAGGGCCAGACGGUAGCCUUAGAUUACACAAACAAGCCCAUGUUCAUAUUUAUGUGGUUCGCGCUAUGGAACAUCGGAGCAGUGCCGUCAUUUCUAAACUACAAUGCGAUCGGCGCCCCGCUAGUGCACUCUAUCAAGAUUGCGAACGUCAAAAGCGUAUUUAUCGAUCCACAAGCGGCAGGACCUGUUAAAGAGACCGAGCAGGCUAUCCGGAAAGAGCUUCCGGAUGUCAAACUUCACUUCCUGACGGAGGAAAAGGUGAACAACAUUAUCAUGAAUGCUGAGUCACCUCAGUUCCUUCAGGAUCCAAAGAAGAGGUCGCCACCUUAUGCCACGGACUUCCAGCCUGCCUGUCUAAUUUACACUUCAGGCACCACCGGGCUUCCGAAAUCCGCCAUCAUGUCGUGGAGAAAGGCUGUUAUCGGGUGUACACUCUUCGGGUGGGUUCUAAGAAUAAAGAACGAUUCAACGGUGUUCACAGCUAUGCCUUUGUAUCAUUCCACAGCUGCUUUGCUCGGUGUAUGUGCUGUGUUCUCGCAGGGCGGCUGUGUGGCUAUUUCUAACAAGUUUUCCGCGAGCUCGUUCUGGAAACAAGCUUGUAUGACAAGGUCAACUCAUAUCCAGUACGUCGGUGAGAUCUGCCGAUACUUACUUCACACGCCGGUUUCCAAGUUUGAGUCCCAGCACUGUGUCAAGGUUGCUUACGGUAACGGGCUCAGGGCGGAUAUAUGGCAGGAGUUUCGCGAAAGGUUUGGCAUUGAAGUCAUCGGCGAAUUCUACGCAUCUACGGAAGCGCCCUUCGCUACAACCACGUUCCAAAGGGGAGACUUUGGCAUUGGCGCUUGUAGGAGCUACGGUACCAUCAUCAACACGGUACUUUCACUUCAACAAACUAUUAUAAGAGUUGAACCUGACGACGAGACUACAGUUUACAGGAACAAGAAGGGCUUAUGCGAAGUGGCUCCACCUGGGGAACCUGGUGAAAUGUUGAUGAAAAUAUUUAUGCCCAAGAAACCCGAGGCAACAUUUCAAGGAUAUCUCGGCAACAACAAAGCCACGAAAUCAAAGGUCUUAAGGGAUGUGUUCAGAAAAGGAGAUGCUUGGUAUAGAUCUGGAGACCUGCUGAAGUCCGACGAACACGGCCUGUGGUACUUUAUUGACCGCAUGGGUGACACCUUCAGAUGGAAGUCCGAAAAUGUUUCAGCAGCAGAGGUUGAGGAUCAAAUCAUGGUAUUUGCAAACUACAUGAUGUCUGCCGUCGCUGUAGUCGGGAUAAAGGUUCCUAAUCACGAAGGAAGAGCUGGGUUAGCAGUUCUCGAGCUUGCUCCGCAGUUCAGAAACUUGAGAGGCGAUGUGAAAUUCCUGAAUGACAUGCUUGAAAGCUUGAAGAAAAGUCUACCCAAAUACGCACUGCCCACGUUUGUCAAGUUUGUUGACGAGAUCGAACAUACCGACAACCACAAAAUUAAAAAGAAGUGCUAUAAAGACCAAGUUCUGCCUCACGGUGCAGGCGGUGACGAAAUUUUGUAUUGGUUGAAAGAUUCGCGCGAAUACAGGCCCCUUACGAAUAGCGACUGGCUUGAAAUCAUGUCCGGCGCAUCUAAACUGUAA